UACCAUAGAGGUUCUGGAUCGGAACCCAGACAGACGAGAGUCCGCAGUGACCCCUGGCAAUCGGUUAGUGCAUUACAACUAGGUCUUCACCCACGUCCCUUCUAUGAACUACAUACGGAGCGUGCGUAUCUCCUCGAAAUGCUACAGCAGCAUAACACAAAAGCCCUCAAACUAUUCGAACAGGUGCCAAUCGCCGAAGAGAAUAUACAGAAGGCCGAUACCCCGUACAAGCUCAGACAAGCGAAGAAAACUCGCGGUUGGCUAAGACACCGCAUUACUGACACCGUCGAGGAGGAGAAGAAGGUCCUAGCGCGGCUGAGCGAACUGCAUGUUGAGAUACAGUGUCAGGAGAGAUGGGUCCAGGUUGAGAUGCAGAGAGUAGCGAGGGGACUUUCGCAACAACACCACAACCCCAACUUCCAAGAUUUCUUUCCGCCGCCAAUACCACCGCCGUGGACCCAGCCGAUUCCACUUCCGGUCUACAAUGCUUAUCAUCCACCAUACGGGAGCACUGGAUACCCAAACGCACCACCCUGGGGCGCCUUUCCGAGCCAAGGGGCGUACCCUGGAUAUCACUGGGCGAAUCCAACUUACAUGUGCCCCCCAAGCAUGCCGGAAGCACUUUAUGUGCCUGAGGCAUUAUUUGAAAUGGAGGGUAACUCUACUAGCAAUGCAUUUGGCGGCGCGUCUAGUAGCCACCCGGAAGUUACUGCGAGAAGAAGCCCUGAGUUGGAACGGCGGCAGUCGAGCACUACGCCUCCGGUAGAUAAAGAUAGGCCCGAACACGAUCAAGCGCGGAGCAAUUCUACGUGGUUUUAGGGUGCUGGCACACUUUUUUUUUUUUUUUUUUUUGGAUGCAUUGUGAAGGACAGUAUGGGUUUAGAUAGAGGAGGGGGUUCAUAAGUUAUCGUUUAGAGUUGUUCAUAAUGAGAAUCUAUACCUCGUCUCGAGAGUAAUACUAUUACUGAUAGUAUCCAUCCCUCCAUCAUCGUAAUCUUCUAUCCAGCAAUAAGUUUUUAAUUUGGAACCGCCUAAGUCGAGUAACCUAGUGUUCAUGCAAAUUCCCCAAACUUGCCGUCGUCAAACCCUAAAUCCUGCGCUGACAACCGUUUUGCGCGCGUGCUGCUGUGCGAAGUCGGUGGCGGCGGAAGUAUUCCCGAACCGCGAGGCGCUGCUGAAGCAGGUGAUGCCGAAGACGACGGCGGCGGGGGCAACGAGAACGACGAUAGACCCCCAUCAUUGCCCGAGCCCUGCUGAGGAGGCGGCUCCGGCUUCCGUCUGCCGAAUCUUCCCGGCAGGUUAACCGUAAUCGUCUCGCCCUCCUUGAGGCUGAGAUCGCGCUGCUUCUCGGCGGCACCGUCUUUCCGCCGCUCGACGGCCGGCUUCUUCCCCCCGGCCUGACCGCCCCAGCCAAGCGUCUUCUGGGCCUCCUGCAAGGACACGCCGAAGUCGAAGGCCUCGCUGCGCUCCUCGAAGCCGACGCCUAGAGUGGCUUUGCGGCCGGCGUCGUCCUGCACGCGCAGCGCGAAGAA